AUGCCCUCCUUUUGCCUGCGUUGCUUGCUUUGGUCACCGCAAUACACCAUUAUCGUCAUGCCCGGUCGGCCACAAGUCAAAUGGAGAGCACACAUAGUAGGACGAAGUAAUAGUAGCAACACAAUCACUGCCCCAAUCACAAAUUCAUCGGAUUCCAGAACUGGCAUGCAGGAAUCAGAUACAAGGUUAAGGCAUUUUCCAAGGCCAUCAUACUGCUGCCUGGGAGCGACCGGUGGACGUUUGGUCUUUAGGCUCCGCUUCGCUUGUCAUGGCUAA